AUGACAUUAUUCUGGGGUGAUGCCAUUGAAAUUCUCUUCCCAGGUUGGCCAGGCUCAAACUUCAACUCUUAUAUGUUAGCCUUAACACUUGUAUUUGUGCUCAGUUUGGCAGUAGAGUGGCUUUCGCAUACCAAAUUCAUCAAGCCUACCAUGGAUAACAUCACAGCUGGGAUUUUACAAACUGCAAUGUAUGCAUUUCGAGUUGGAAUGGCCUAUUUGGUCAUGCUUGCAGUCAUGUCAUAUAAUCUUGGCAUUCUACUAGCUGCAGUUGCAGGAUAUACAAUAGGGUUCUUGAUCUUUGGCAGUAGGGCUUUUGACGAUUCAAAAAUAUCAAAGAUAUCUUCUUGCGAGGAUCCAGCUGAUCUUCCACCACUGAUUUGCUAA